AGUUGAUGAUUAUAUUUUUCACAAGAGUAUGAGAAUCCGAAGGAGUACUUAAAUCAACUCUACUUCCCCCCUUUAUUUUCUCUUCCUUCCUUAUUUCCUUCCUUCUUCCUACUGAGAGAUUCAGAUUCACUGAAAACUUCUCUUCAUUAUUUCUGCAAUUUUCAGAGAUUUUAAGAAAACCCCUCUUUUAACAAGUACUAAUUCCUGAACAAAAGAGAGAUAAUUUAUUUGGGUUUUGUUUUUAAAACCCAACAUAAACAAACAAACUCUGAUGUUUUUUUUUUUGAUAUUCUUCUGCUACUUCAUUACAUUAGAAGAUAAUAAAUAUUAAAGGUUUCUUUUUUAUUUUUUUGCUUACAUAAUCUUUCUCCAUUCAGUCCCUUUUAAUCUCCAAUCAAAUUUUUAAUUUUUGUUUGUCCAAUCAAAUAUCCUUUCUUUUCUUCCUCUCUUUAUCCAAUUUGGUAAUUUUGCUUCUGGUAUUGAAGAAUGGAGAAAUGAGGAAGCUUUGAUUGGUCAAGCUUGGAAAGCAAUUGAAUGCAUUGAAUUGAAAAGCUAUUUAGGAUCAAAGUUGAUUGGAUUCAGAUAGGUGUUUUAAUUGGAAAAACUUGGGAGCUUCAAUUGUUUUAUUGGUUUGAUUGAAGAAAGUAAGAAAAUUGAACAAGUUUAACUUAUAUUUGAUUAGAUUGGAUUGAAUCCGAAUUGGUUAGGGUUUAGAUUUUUUGCUACCCCACCCUAAUUGGGCUUGAAUUAGCUUAGACAUGUUGGAGGGAAGAUCUUGCUUGGUGUCAAGAGCGUUGCCAAGCUCGUGUGAGCAAGAAACUAAGUGGGCUUACAUGAGCUAUCUAGUUGAAGUUGAGACAAACAAUGGCAAACGCCGCUUAGAGUCGGAUUGUGAAGGGGAAGGGGGGUUGAAGAAGUUAGUCAAAGUCUCUAACAAAGAGGAGAGAUUAUCUAGAGCUCAGUUUGAUAGGUUAUCCUUGUCUCGAUCCCAAGUUGUUGGUCACUCUACAAACAAACACCAAACGAGUGAUCAAUCAGAUAUGGAUUGCCUAAUAAAUCCUAUAGGUCGUGACAUGACUAUUAAUUGUCUCCUCCGUUGCUCAAGGGCGAAUUAUGGUUCAAUAGCCUCUUUGAACCGAAGUUUCCGCUCUUUGGUCAAGAGUGGUGAGAUUUACAGAUUGAGACGGCAAAAUGAGGUGAUUGAGCAUUGGGUUUAUUUCUCUUGCCGCCUUCUAGAGUGGGUUGCGUUUGAUCCAGUUAGUCGUCGUUGGAUGCAGCUACCUAGGAUGAAUUCUAACGAAUGCUUCAUGUGUUCGGAUAAAGAAUCCUUGGCUGUUGGAACCGAACUACUUGUCUUUGGGAAGGACUUGAUGUCUCAUGUUAUCUAUAAGUAUAACAUAUUGACGAACUCUUGGUCUUCUGGUAUGAGUAUGAACUUUCCUAGGUGUUUGUUCGGGUCUGCGAGUCUCGGAGAGAUAGCCAUCUUAGCUGGUGGUUGUGAUUCACUAGGAAAUAUUCUGAGUUCUGCGGAGCUCUAUGAUUCAGAGCAGCAAACAUGGGAAACCCUUCCUCCUAUGAUCAAACCAAGGAAAAUGUGCUCUGGUAUUUUCAUGGAUGAUAAAUUUUAUGUGAUCGGGGGGAUUGGGGGCAGCGAGUCUAAGGUUUUAAAUUGCGGUGAGGAGUUUGAUCUUACCACAAAAACUUGGACCGAGAUUCCUAACAUGUCUCCGGCCAAAUUUGGUGUUGCACUGGAGAACGAUAUGCCUGCUGCAGCCGAGGCUCCCCCGCUCCUGGCUGUUGUAAAUAAUGAAUUAUAUGCCGCUGACUAUGCUGACAUGGUACUAAAGAAAUAUAAUAAAGAGACUAAGGAGUGGGCAAUUGUAGGGGGAUUGCCUGAAAGAGCGGGCUCAAUGAACGGUUGGGGUCUUGCUUUUCGGGCUUGUGGUGAUCGGGUUAUCGUUAUUGGUGGGCCAAGGGUUCAUGGUGAAGGGAUCAUUGAGGUCAACUCUUGGGUGCCUAGUGAAGGCCCUCCUCAAUGGGAGCUGCUUGGUACUAAGCAGUCGGGUAGCUUUGUCUAUAAUUGUGCCGUCAUGGGUUGUUAAUGAAAUUCGGAAAAUAUAGUGUUGGUGCCAUUGAGCUAUUCAUCCGAAAAUGGCGCUUUAUAGGUGUUGCAAGGAUUGAUUUGUCCAUCAGCUGGCCCGUCUUGCUAAUGGGGUAAUUAUCUUGAUGCUUCUGUUUAUUUUUUACUACAUUUCCGAUUGGGGGGGAUACAGGGAGGAAUUAAUUUCUGAUUUUACGACUUGAAAUUCAAUUUGAAUGUUUUAGGAGGUUUUCGGGUUUACUCCCUUUAAUUCACAUGAUGAAUAUUUUCUUCGUCUCAUUCAUUUCUGGGCAUCUCCAGUUUCUAGUGACCCUUCGAUAAAAAUUCAACAGCACAGAACAAGACUUUUAAUAAUUCAACGCACGGAGUAGAUUUUUACCAAUACCAUUUACUAAUUUUCAUUUUAGCUUCACAUUUUUCGUUGAUGUUCAUGGCUUUGUCACAAAGGAGAAAAUAAAGCUCCUCAUUAUUGUGUAUUUUUCACCUUUUCUUUUUGAAUUUAUGGGCUAUAAAUUUCAUCUUUUUGUUGCAAUAGUGUACCUCUUGAUCUUUUUUUGAGUCAUAUACUCUUAUUUGAUACUCUAAUAUCGAACGUUCUUUACGGGGAAUCCGAGUUCUCAUGCUCGACGAUUAAUGCUCAUAAGAUUUGCAUUUCUUAGCAUUGAUUCCCGAUGAGAUUUAUUCUAGAUCAUUGCUAGAUAUUUCAUCCAAGUGAUUUGUGACAAAGACACUUGUGGUUUUGAACUGAAAGUUGAUUAUUGAUGGUAUUCGAUUCUAUGCAUGUUAUCGUUCAAUUUCUUUUACCUUUCUAUACUGGGGCGUUUGGCAAAUAACUGUUGGUUGAUGGUUUUUGGCUUAUAUGACUUUCGUUGUUUUUGUUGGCAUUUAAACUUGCUGGAUAAGUUACUUGUUGAAGGAGAUAUUUGGUAAAAUUAGAAAUUGGUUGUUGGUUGUUUGUGGAAUAAAGGUCAACAUGCCAAAUGCCAUUGAAAUUAGCCAACUAGGGUAGUUUUUUUUAUUUCGGCUUAAAAGCAAAAGCUGAAUAAAAAGCCACAUUUUAAUGACUUUUUGAUCGACCAACAAGCUAAAAGUUAAAAGUCAACACAAAAGCCAACUACCAAACACCUCAGUGUCAAUCUUUCAUAGAUUAAAAUGAGCAAUUUUGAAGAUCAUUUGUUACAGUUAGAUUUAUCGCCACUUAGCGUUACGAAUUACCGUACUAAUCAAACCAUGGCUAACAUAGAUUCCUGGUUGCUGUUUCUGUUUGUGAAAGAGGUAGAAAAGGGAAAAAAGCAGAGUGAAGUAUUAUUCUUAUUUAUGGGCAUAGCAUAUUAUAUAUACUAAAUACUAUAUACUAAAUACUAUAUACUAUAUACUAUAUACUAUAUGCUUCACUAGUUAAAAUAGGUACAUUGAAUAAGACAUGAGAAAAAAAAUGUAAAAUUUGGGUAUCUAAUUCUGUUGGAAGUUAUAUCAAAUGAAGUCUAAAAUGAUGCAAAGUAGAAGGCAUAUGUUGAAUGGUGUUCUUUUUUCAAUUGCGUGAUGUUGAUAUUAAAUACUGUCUACUUUCUACUUGUGGUAUAAGUAUAAGUUUACUACAUACAUUUCCAAUGGAAUAAAAAUGUUGUCUUUUGAGCUUAAUGUUUCCUAAAAUCUCGUUAUCAUUAUAAGUUGUUAUUCUAACAUAUUAGUCAUUAUUUUUUUUAAUAUGUAUCAGG